GGUGACUCUGUCACGGGGCACUUCCCAGGAUAGUUAAUGCGAGAUGGCCGGUAUUCGGAGCGUCUUCCUUCUGUGGUCUGCAGCUUUGCUGGGCUUUAUUGCAUCAGUCGAAUGCAGGGCACAAGGCUUGCAAAACAUCGAGCAUGAUCAUGACAUCGAAUCGUGGAAAACCCAGGGUUGGGUCCUCGACGGACGCGUUCCCUCACAGGCAACCCUCAAGCUCACUUUCGCGCUAAAGCAACGUAACCUUGCGGCGUUGGAAAAGCUGUUCUGGCAGGUUUCCGAUCCGGACUCGCGAUUUUACGGAAGGCAUUGGAGUCUGGAACAACUGUCAAACUUGAUUUCACCCAGCAAGAAAACCGAGUCGGUUAUCAAGAAGUGGCUCCGAGCAUCCGGCAUCGUUUUUGAAAGAUGCACGUCAGUAAUUACUCGGGACUUUCUCACUUGCGAGAUGCCAAGAGAGACGGCGGAAAAUUUGCUUCCUGGAGCGACCUUUCAUUAUUUCCGCCACUCAAAGCUAUCCAAACCGGUUAUUAGAUCCACGCAUCAUUACUCUGUGCCAUUUAAGGUGGCCCAACACCUUGAUUUCGUGGGUGGGGUUCUGAGGUUCCCUGCUGUUAACUGGGCUCCGGCAAAAGCUAAACGCGAAGAUUUUGGUAGCAAUGAUGUUAAGGAUGUUCUCCUUGGUGAUGACAUUGGUAUUCAUAUUGGAGUCUACCCAUCUGUCCUGCGUGACAGAUACAAUGUGUCUGACACUGUAGGUUCGCACCCAAACAACUCUCAGUGUAUUGCACAGUUCCUUGAGCAGUUUUACAGUCCAACUGACCUGAAAGAGUUUUUCCUACUGUUUGGAGGUUCCUUCACUCACCUAGAUAAGGUUGCAAAGGUGAUUGGUCCAGACUCUGGGAGACCUGGUGUCGAAGCAAGCCUUGAUACCCAGUACAUCAUGAGCCUUGGAGCAAAUAUUACAACUUGGUUUUGGAGCACUGGGGGGAGGCAUGAGAAACAAGAGCCGUUCCUGGAGUGGCUGGUGGCUAUUAGCAACAAUUCCCAGGUCCCUUGGGUACACAGUGUUAGUUAUGGUGACAACGAAGACUCGCUGUCUGCCGACUACAUGAGGCGAAUUAGUACAGAAUUCCAGAAGGCGGGUGUCAGGGGAUUAACCUUACUAUUUGCUAGUGGUGAUGAUGGUGCUAAUUGCAUUGCCAACAAGAAGUUCCGUCCAUCCUUCCCUGCUUCUUCACCAUAUGUAACUACUGUUGGUGGUACAGCAUUCAACAACCCAUUCACUAUCUCAGGGGAGUAUGGUUAUGAGAUAAGCGGUGGAGGCUUCAGUGAUGUCUUCUCCCAACCUGCCUACCAGUCUGCUGUAGUUGAACAUUAUCUCAAGACAGGACCAAACAUGCCGGCAGACAGCUUCUUCAAUAAGUCAGGGAGAGCAUACCCUGAUGUUGCUGCCCUUUGCAACCAUUUCUGGGUUGUCAACAACAAAAUUCCUGUUCCUGGAAUUCUUGGUACAUCUGCAUCAACGCCUACAGUUGCUGGCAUUGUCUCUCUUCUUAAUGAUGUCCGUUUCCAUAACAACAAGCCAUCAAUGGGAUUCCUAAACCCCUUUAUUUACAAGAAUCCAAGUGUCUUCUAUGAUGUGACAACAGGCCAUAAUGAGGGUUGUGACCCAGGUGACAGGGGCUUUACCGCAAGCACUGGGUGGGACCCAGUUACAGGGUUUGGAAGUCCUAACUAUCCUGCUUUAGCCAAGGCCAUCCUGGAGUAGACCUACAAUUUGCAGCAAAAAAGGAAGAACACUUCUCCUUUUUUGGAAAUUUAUACAAUCUAAAACUUCAUACCGAUUUUCCUGUAAAAGGUGCAUAUCUCACAUUUUUUUAAAAGUCUCAUUAAAAUAAAUAAUGUAUUUUCUCUUUAUAAACUCAUUAAAAUAAUGUGCAUUUGUUCAUUCUUUAA